AUGUGGAAGUUCCGGUCAAUCCGAAUUUGUUCAGGCGCUUAUGUCGUGAAACAGGCUCCUAUGGAGCAAAGCUCGGAUCUCACACAGCAAGAAGAUUCUCAGGCGAAGAUGAAAGAACGCACCAUGCAAUGGAAUCAGCCGUCAGAGCAAAAUAGUCCUCUUCACUUGCAAAUGGAAGAGACAAGAUUGGAUCCUAGGAAUGAUCCAGUGAGAAUGGACGUAUCUCACCCUAGCCCGUCACAGGCGGAGCAAGAGUCGCCUCAGAGAAAUAUCCUCAAUGCCUCAGAAGCAACAAAUACCUAUGUGCCUCACCAACCCCUCGACAUCGGAGAAAGCAGGAUAUCCACGCCAGACACAACUCAUAAGUCGAUCUCCCCAAAUACUUCCUCCAGGGGCUUUCCGACAUUUGAGCAUACUCUGAACUCUAGUACAUUCCCAUCCCCCGGACCCCGGUGGGUUCAGCCCUCAGAAAGCUUAUCACACCGAAGUGAGAAGGAAGAAUUUCAGGAUAUCUUCUCGGAGCUCAUGACUGGAACUGAACAUGAAAUUGCAUUUCUUACUAGACACUAUUCCGAAGUUAUCGGGCCUUGGUUGGACCUUUCCGAUACGGAGAAGUUCUUUACCGUCUAUUCUCCUGUUCGAGCAAUCAACAAUACAUCUGUGAAGUAUGCGAUUGCAGCUCUGGCAGCAAAACACCUUGCCCGGGUGAAAGGAAUCACAUCGCCAAAUGGCGGGAUAUUCACAAGCCCUGCGACAACCGAAGUGUAUCCCAAUGCAACCCAGGUGGAUUGGUUCCUCAAAGCGGCCAAUUAUUACUACCUGGCAGCUUCGGACCUGAACAACCUCACUUCUGACGGUUACACGACCGUAUCUAGUUCUGCUGUCUUGGAAUCGCCCUUUGAAACCAUCCACCGGUGGAUUAGAUCUCCUCGAAACCAAACACUUCUGAAACCCAUGAGUGAAGACCCGGACGAUGUGGCUGUUAUCAGAAAAAUGGAAGAAAUGCUGGUCACAGCUGCGAUCCUUACCAUGUACAGACUGUUAGAUAUGCCCGGCGAUGGAUGGCACAUGCAACUCUCCUCUAUCCGCCCCUUGUUCGAUUCUAUACUCCAAAUCCAUAACGCAGCGUCCGCUCCGUUCUCGCAUGGAAUUCGGGCUGCUUUCUGGAACUUCGCUCGCCAGGAUUAUCUUGGCUCCUAUUUCACUCGAUCACCCACGCAUUUAGACCCGGGAAAUCUCGCCCUCUGGCGCAAAGCGGGCAUCGCAAUAAAUGACAAGAAAGAAUUUCAUCUUUCCCAUGCUGAAUCACCUCUACUGCGUGAAGAUCAAACCGCGAAUGGCUUGAUCUGGCUCAACACAAAGGUCAUCAACUUCCUUGCAAGGUCAAAACAAAUUCAAAUUGCGCAGUGGACAGGAUCUCCGCCCGCAACUUCACCUGAGAAUCAAAUUAAAUCGCCAGGUUCCAGCCAACCCCCAUACCCUGACACAGAAACCUGGCUCAAGUUGUCAUUUGAGUUCCAGACAUGGUUCGAGAAUUUGCCGGAAACUUUCCGUGCGUCGGUUCGGGUUGAACGCCCCAAGGAUCUUUCAGGGUCUUCAGAAGGGGGGCAUUUGCCAUUCCCUGAGAUUUUCCACAGUUCGACAACGUGUGCUGCUGCCAUGCAACAUUACCAUUUCGGACGAGUGGCUUUAUUGCUCAAUAGACCGGCAGAUGUUAUCAGUGCCCCGUCUACGGCAUUCGAUCGUCUACAGGGAUAUCGGGAAGUCACUAAAGAGGUCGAGUUCCGUUCUCGGGAAAUAUGCGGAAUUGCCUUGGGUCGCCCAAGAGGUGGAGUCCGUAUCUUCAUGGUACCGCUGCUUGUGGCUGUUGGACAAUGUCUAGAAAGCACCGAGGAGCAUCAGAUUAUAGUGGAUCUCUUACGAGGAGUCGAAGCCGAUCUUGGCUGGGCUACUGGUCAUGCUAUACAGAAGCUCCAGACUUCUUGGAAUCAGGGAGUGUAA